GCUCGCUGGCAGUUGGUUUGGUGCUCGUGAGUGCAAUUCGGUCUGUUGUCCAGGGCGACCGUGCCUGGCUGCAGUAUAUAAAGGGGGUUAACGGUCAAAAAUCAAAACGGUCAAGCCGCUCAAACACGUUAACGGGGUCGUAUUAACUCCCCCCGUAACCGCUAAAUCCUCCGCUCCUCCACCGGCACCUGUGUACCCCCACAAGCCGUGAGAGAGGGGGUCCAGAGCGGGGGGCAACACAGCCAGGACCGACCGGCAUGGACCCCCAAGCUAAGAGUCGACCCGGCCCGGGAGGCUUCAGCGGUCGCCUGGCCUCUCUGGGAGCUGACGGGGGAGACUCGGAGUCCGGAGCCGGUUCAGAGGAAGCUUCCGUGGGCUGCUGCAGCGACACAUUCAGCACUCUGCCCGACAUCGAGCAGGACACACUGGAGGAGAAAUUAAGAGGACUGGCGUUCAGAAAACAGACCUCGUAUCGGAAAGCCAUCUCCCGUUCAGGCCUCCAGCACCUUGGCCCCCCCCACCCCGCCCUGCCUCCCGCAUCCAACGGGCCCAACAAAGAGCUGCGCACCGCCCUGGACUGGACUGAGAACGCAGUGAACGGGGAUCACCUGUGGAUGGAGACGAGUUGUUCAGGAGAGCUCUGUUAUCUCGGAGAGGACACCUGCCUACUUAAGACCGCAAAGUCGGCCCCCAGGAAGAAAUGUGCUGCCUGUAAGAUUGUAGUUCACUCGGGCUGCAUAGAGCAACUAGAAAAGAUUAACUUUAGAUGUAAGCCAACCUACAGAGAGGGUGGAUCCCGGUGCCUCCGAGAUCAGGGCAUACUGAGACAUCACUGGGUUCACAGGCGGAGACAGGAGGGGAAAUGUAGACAGUGUGGAAAGAGUUUUCAACAGAAGUUCUUCCACAGUAAAGAAAUAAUCGCAAUCAGUUGUUCCUGGUGUAAACAGGCGUUCCACAAUAAGGUGACGUGUUUCAUGCUGCAUCAGAUCGAGGAGCCUUGUUCACUGGGAGCCCACGCCGGAGUCAUAGUACCCCCCUCCUGGAUCAUCAAAGUCAGGAAACCACAGAGCUCGCUUAAGAACUCUGCCAGGAGGAAAAAGCGGACAUCUUUCAAACGAAGGACAAGCAAGAAGGGACUGGAUGAGUCUAAAUGGCGCCCGUUCAUGUUGAAGCCCCUCCCUUCCCCUCUCAUGAAGCCCAUCUUGGUUUUUGUCAAUCCAAAGAGUGGAGGAAACCAGGGUUUCAAGGUGUUACAGAUGUUCAUGUGGAUCCUGAACCCUCGACAAGUAUUUGACCUGUCGCAGGGGGGGCUGCGAGAGGCGUUGGAGUUGUAUCGCAAAGUGCCAAAUCUGAGGAUCCUCGCCUGCGGAGGAGACGGCACGGUGGGCUGGAUCCUGUCCGCCCUUGAUGAGCUGCAGAUGAACCCCCAGCCUCCGGUCGCUGUACUUCCUCUGGGAACAGGAAAUGACCUCGCCAGGACGCUCAACUGGGGCGGGGGUUACACAGACGAGCCGGUGUCCAAGGUUCUGUGUCACGUGGAGGACGGUUCAGUGGUGCAGCUGGACAGGUGGAACCUCCUGGUGGAGAAAGGGGCUGCGCAGCCAGAGGAGGGCACGCAGAACCUGCCUCUGAAUGUGUUCAACAACUACUUCAGCCUGGGCUUCGAUGCUCAUGUCACCCUGGAGUUUCAUGAGUCCAGAGAGGCCAACCCAGAAAAGUUUAACAGUCGCUUCCGCAACAAGAUGUUCUAUGCAGGAGCCGCGUUCUCAGAUUUCCUCCAGAGAAGCUCGAGGGAUUUGUCCAAGCACGUCAGAGUGGUGUGUGAUGGUACCGAUCUAACUCCUAAAAUCCAGGAGCUGAAAUUUCAGUGCAUUGUGUUUCUAAACAUUCCCAGGUACUGUGCUGGCACCAUGCCAUGGGGAAACACAGGCGACCACCGGGACUUUGAACCGCAGCGCCAUGACGACGGCUGCAUCGAGGUUAUUGGCUUCACCAUGGCCUCAUUGGCGGCGCUACAGGUCGGCGGGCAUGGAGAGAGAUUGCAUCAGUGCAGAGAAGUCGUCCUCACUACCUACAAAACAGUUCCUGUUCAGGUGGACGGUGAGCCGUGUCGACUGGCUCCAUCCACGCUCCGAAUCUCCCUCCGAAAUCAGGCCAACAUGGUCCAGAAGAGCAAGAGGCGCACCUCUGUGCCCCUGCUUAAUGAUAUUCAGAAGGUGUGUGCAGCUGAUCUGCGCCGCCUCUCUGCUCCCCCAGACUCCUUCUCUGUCCCCCACUCUGUUCCAGAUCGUCUGCGUCUCAGAGUGAAUCGGGUGAGCCUCCAGGAGUACGACCGACUGCAGUACGACAAAGACCGGCUACGAGACAUAUGUAAGGAUCUUUUAGCCAUCCCUGUAGGCAUAGUGGUGGUGAGGGGGGACUGUGACCUGGAGACAUGCAGACUCUAUAUCGACCGAUUACAGGAGGAUUUACACCAGGCGCCAUCUACUGGCCACAGAGUGCACUAUCAGGAUGAGGUCCGAGGCGUCCCGCGGACAAGUUCAACGAGCAGACUCUCUCCCCACUGGAGCUUCUUGGACUCCACAUCAACUGACCGCUUCUAUCGUAUCGACAAGGCUCAGGAGCACCUCCACUUUGUGACGGAGAUCUGUCAGGACGAGGUGUUCAUCCUGGACCACGAGGGCCCGUUGGGGGGGCCAGGGUCGUCCACGGGGAUGCCUGAUCUGGUGGUGGAGCCCUCUUCUGGUGUUUCCUUGACAUCAGAUGAACAAGCCCUGCUCACAGCUGCCAGUACAGGAGAUCUUUCUAUGCUGACGGAGUGUGUGCGUCGGGGCGUCAGUCUGUUGGUCAGAGACUCUGUAGGAUGCUCAGCGCUACAUAUAGCGUCUCACAGCGGACACACAGAGCUGGUCAGCUUCAUCCUGCAACAGGGCUCUAAGGUGCUUCUGGAUUUGACGGACAGAGAAAAAGGAGACACUGCCUUGCACAAAGCAGCCUCAGAGAAGCAUCACGCCGUGUGCAGACUGCUGGUGCAGGCUGGGGCGUCGCUCGAGAAGACCAACUUCCAGGGGAAGACGGCAGCCCAGCAGGCGGAGGGAGACUCUGAGCUCGCCGGCUUCCUGAACGCUCAAAAACACACACCUUCUGCCAACCACGAGGACCUGGAGACGGCUGUCUGAGGCACACACACACACACACUCUCUGGACUCUGCACACACUCGUAGUGGAGACUAAUCUGAGAGAGAAAGUGUAAAAAAAAAACAGACUCUGCAGACGAACAGUGAACUGCCUCGGCUCCCAGCAGCACCGCAGUGGACAUUUUAACGGUCAAAUAUUUAUUUGUAUUUAUUUAUUCAUAUUCUAUUUAUUGGUUGUGCUGAUUGACUGAGUGUUUGCUCGUUAAGGGUUCAGGAUGUAAGUGCACUUUGAGCGGCCGCCGUGAGCUGAACUCGUGAAAAAAAAGUUCAUAAGAAUGGGUUCAAUGUGUUGAUGAAACAUUUAGAAAAUAUUUCUGUUAUGACAUAAAUACUACAGUUUUAUAUAUGUUUACCCUAUGUGUGCCAAAGACAUUACAGUCAUGUAGUGUCAUAUCUAUUUAAUGUUCCUAGAAACUAUCACAGUGGUUUGUUUUUCACAUAAAUCUCUGCUUUCAUACCAAAUGAUGUAAUCUUGAUGUUUCCAUCAGCAUACCAGGGUCCACACUUUGAUCAGGUUAUUAAAGAAUAAUCUUAUUUCAACUGUCUCACAUUAGUCUGAGUUCAGAAGGAAGGAAACUUUAUUUGUUAUCGCAUCUUGUUUCCAACGUUCACAUAUACAAAUACUGAAACAAAACAAGUACAGGCAGUGGUCUAAUGUUUGGGAUAUUAAACAAAUAAAAUACUAGUUAAAUACACACAUUUAAUAAGAAUAUAACAUAAAUAUAUAUAUAUAUGUUGGUUGCAUACUAACUUUAUUCUUAGGGUUCGUACAAGGUUGGGAAAUGCUUCAUUUUAACUUUAGAGUAAAAUAAUAAAAAUAUGGUAAAGGCUUUUGAGUUUAGGAACCUUUAAAGUGCUUGAAACUUAAACAUUUUACAUUUCCAGGCCUUAAUAAUAAUAAUAACAUUUGUAUACGGCUGCUUCAAGUUUAUAUUGAUUUGUAUCAUAAGAUAGAUACAUUUUGGAAUUACUGGUUUAUUCUACAAAGUUAAUUCCGGAAGAACACAUCUCUUGAUUAAUGCUAACCUUGUUUACAGAACGUCUGGACACAGAUGGUAAAAAUUGAAAUCUGAAAUAUAAAACUAAGCCUGUAUCGGCUCAGUAUGGAGGGGGAAAAAACACAAAAAUUACCCAUAAUGCAGGCUGUUAAUUAUGGAGGACCUUUUUUUUUUAAUUGUGUCUUAAAACAUAAUCAAUUAUUUUUUAUAUUUUAAGACGUCUGACUCUGACACUGUUAAAUAUUUUAAUAAAUAAUAUUUAACUUUUAUUACUGUGCCCUUGACCCAACAACACUUUCAUACGCAGCUUGUGUGUGUGUGUGUGAUAAUAUUCCUCAUUCCAUAUCAAAGCAAACAUUAAAAGAGAACGUGUGUGUGUGUGUGUGUGUGUGUGUGUGUGUGUGUGUGUGUGUGUGUGUGUGUGUGUGUGUGUGUGUGUGUGUGUGUGUGUGUGUGUGUGUGUGUGUGUGUGUGUGUGUGUGUGUGUGUGUGUGUGUGUGUGGUGUGUGUGUGUGUGUGUGUGGUGUGUGUGUGUGUGUGUGUGUGUGUGUGUGUGUGUGUGUGUGUGUGUGUGUGUGUGGCAGCAUUUAUCCAAGAAGAAAAGAAACGAUCGGAGCCAUAUUCAAUGCAAUAUGAAUAGAUGACGUCUCUUUUCAUUUCUAUAUUAAUCGUUUACAUUACAUUAAUGUUUUGACCAUUUAGCACCGAGGAGUAUUGAAUGUUUGAUUUGACUUCAGCUUCAGUGCUGGUUGGGUAAAUGUUUGUCUUGUUAUUUAAUUUUUAUUUUGUGUGCAUGAAUGUCCAUGGAUUUAAAACAGCCCUGUUAGGUUUCUUUUCAUGUAACCUGUAAAGUUCGAGCUGUUUUCUCCAAAGCAUGUGAGGAACUAUUCAGUGUAUCAAGUGUAGCCGUCGUAGAAGUUUGAAGGCUUUUAAACCUAAUGUACAUUAUUGAACGCAACAACAUGGGGAAAUCACAUUUUCAAUAAGACUUUUUUUACGAGUAAUUGCUUAAGUUUGAUGUUUUUAUACUGAUUUAUUCCUGUUUUCUUUCACACAGAGAGGAAGCUUUAUUCUUAUUACUUAUUAGACUUCUUCCAGAGCUUUCAGAUAUAUUUGCCAGACUUCCUUCUUAUGACUAAAAGCUCCCGAAGACAUCAAAUGUUCAUAAAACCUUUUUAAUAUUUCCAUGAUGAAGAAUUCACCUUUCAGGUUGUAUUUUUAGGUUUAUAGAAGUCAAAAUGAUUCAUCAUUAACUUAUUAACACAGGUUUUUCUUCGCUUUUAAUAUAAAAGGACAAUGUACUUGUCAUAGUUAGUCCUCCUAAUGAAAUGAUAAUGCUUCUCAAAUUUGGAAAAAAAAAAUCGAAAUUAAAAAAAAGUCAAGUAACCAGAAAUAAACCUCAGUAUUUUUUUCGAGACAUUAGAUUUUAUUUUCAUAUUUCAACCUAGUAUUUGAUUAGUUUCUCGUUGUUAUAGCAAAUAAAAAGCAAAAAUUGCUAACAAAUAUAUUAAUAAACUGGCAAAGUCAAACAUUGUUUUCUUUUCAAAUUAAAAACAAUGUUUUGCUUUGGGGUGACAUUAAAUUCAGUGUUAAAAGUUACACAAUUAUAAAAAAAAAGCUCAUAUGGCACUCCUGGCUUACAGCUUUUCCUUUUAACAAUGUUUGGGAUAUUCUGCUUCACAUUCCUUGACCAAAUCCAAAUGUUUAGAUUAGAAAUGUGAGUUUUCCUGUCCAACUUUGUUAAAUCCUCAAAUGUUUUAAGCCGAAGGACUUCUACGAUGGCUACCACUUUCACCCUCCAACUCUGAGACUUCCUCUGAGUGUCUGGAGAUUAUACAACAGAACAUGUGUGUAAAUGAAAUCCUGACCUUUCCUACAAAGAGACUAUAUGAUAGUCAAAAGCUCUGAAGGACAUGCACACACGCUUCUCAUCGAGUAGAAACGUUGUAUUAAAUCGUCUCUCAUCAGCGUUAGUUUAUGCAUGGCGUUUCCUUACCUCCUUCCUCUGGGUUAUGUUCUGGUAAUGGCAUAAAAGAUGGCAUUAUUGUUGUUUUUAAUUAUUAUAGUUUUAAAUGGUUUCUACCUGACUUUCCUCUGAGGUUGGACUUUUGCUUUUGUAUUUUUCUGCUGCUGAUGAUGAUGAUGGGAUUACUUGAAGUUUGUUGUUUUAUUUUAUUAAUUUGUUAAAAGAAGAUGUGAUGCUGUGA